UGAGCAUCUCGCCAAACCUUCGGAGGCAAUCAGAAACUCAGGAGCUCCUCAGUAGUAAUAGUAGUAGUAGUUCUGUUUUUUCUUCUCUCUUCGGCUCGGUCUUUACUCCAUGCAUUCAGUACAACAGCAGAUUACAGUUUGAAGUGCCGCUUGCAGUGUGGUGUCAUCUUCAUUGAAAAAAAAAGCUGCUAGUAUAAAUACCUUGCUGAGAACCACACUUCCUAAUCUCCAUCAAACAACCCUACUUUUCUACACUCUUCUCUCCUCAUUUUCCAACCGCAACUUAUAACCAAACAUGCCAAUUGACGUCAAAGUUUCUGAGGAUACCUCUGUCACCUUCAACGGUUGGGCCUCGACCGGUACCCCCAACCUCAAGCCCUUUAGCUACCACCCUCGUCCAAUUGGACCCAAGGAUGUCGAGAUCGAGAUCACGCACUGCGGUAUCUGCGGCUCUGAUAUCCACACUAUCACCGGAGGUUGGGGUGAAUUGAAGAACGGCCCCUGCAUCCCUGGACACGAGAUCGUCGGCAAGAUCGUUGAGGCCGGUAACAAGAGUCAUCACAAGGUCGGCGAUCUGGUCGGUGUCGGUGCCAUGGUCGAUGCUUGCGGCGAGUGCAAUCAAUGCAAGUCCGAUAACGACCAGUUCUGCACCAAGAAGUGUUUCACCUACAACGACACAUUCAAGGACGGCCGCGGAGGACAGUCCUAUGGAGGAUACGCAGAUCGUGUCCGUGUCAACAGCGAUUUCGUCUUCAAGAUUCCUUCCGAGAUCUCGGCUGCUGAGGCUGCUCCUCUUCUUUGCGCCGGCGUCACUACAUACACUCCUCUGAAGAUUCACAAGGCUGGCCCCGGCAAGACCGUCGGUGUCAUCGGUAUCGGUGGUCUCGGACACUUGGCCAUCCAAUGGGCCCAUGCUUUGAAGUGCGACGAAGUCGUUGCAGUCUCUACCAGCGAUAACAAGCGUGAAGAGUCCAAGAAGUUGGGCGCCACCAAGUUUAUCAACUCCAAGAAGCCCGAAGACAUGAAGGCUGCCGCCGGUUCGAUCGAUCUGCUCAUCUGCACCAGCUUCGCUACCGACACUGACUGGGCGAAGGUCCUGUCUUUGGUUGCAACCCACGGAAAGUUGGUUCUCUUGGCCCUGCCCGAGGAUCCUUUGCAGAUCCCUGCCAACUCCCUGAUUUCGCGUAACGUUUCGAUCGCUGGUUCUUUGAUCGGAGGCAAGGAGACUGUCCAGGAGAUGCUGGAGUUUGCAGCCAAGCACAAUAUCCGUCCUUGGAUCGAGAAGAGGCCCAUGAGCGACCCCAACGCUGCUGUCAAGCAUAUGAUGGAUGGACGCCCCCGUUACAGAAUCGUCAUGGAGACCGAGGCUGCUUCCCGUCUUUAAGAGAUGAACUUUUAACUAUUUUUUUUUUCAUACGAGUCGACCUUUGAAAGAUCGAUCGUCUAUGCACAAGCGCUGUUGUACAUAUAUUAUAGAAUAAAGCACUGAGCCAACCCAUCAUAUAUUCAAG